AUGGCGAACCCCAACGCCAAAAUUGCGGUGGUGCUCGUCGCGGUGCUUGGUCUGCUUCAGGUCUCAUGCGCCGUUGCCCGGCGGCACGGCAAGCCCGGCCCGUGCGACGACGCUGCGGCGGCAGACUUCGUCAACGACCUGCCGGGACGCCUGCGCGGCCACAAGAAGGCACCCCACCCGGGAAGCCACCGCUGCGCGCCGGCACGCCACGGCGGCGGUGGGACCCCCGCGGUGAUGACGGUGAACGGGUUCAUGCGCGGCAAGAGCGGCGGCGGGACGUCGGCGUGCGACGGGCACUUCCACAGCGACGGCGAGCUGAUCGCGGCGCUGUCCACGGGCUGGUUCGGGAGCGGGCACCGGUGCCACCGCGCGAUCCGCAUCACGAGCGCGCGCACCGGGCGCUCCGUGGAGGCCCGCGUCGUGGACGAGUGCGACUCCCGCCGCGGGUGCCGCGGCAACAUCGUGGACUCGUCGCCCGCGGUGUGGAGGGCGCUCGGGCUCGACACCGACGUCGGCGAGGUCCCCGUCACGUGGUCCGACGCCUGA